GUCAAGUUCAGAAUUUGAUAAGACAUUAAAAUUAAGUUAGCAGCUAUUAAGUUCAUUGAAACCGGACGAGAAUGUUGCGGAUUUGCCUCUUUGUAAUUUUGAUAACAUGCGUCAGUGGGUCCAGGAAGAAAGGCGUCGCUGCGUAUGCACCAAAGUUACUGUGUGAUGAUUUCAAAGCACUUAGCAAUAUAUCUUGGUGGUACGACUGGUCAAAUAACCUUGACCGAUAUGAACAUGCAAGGACGUUAAACAACUGCCCACCCAAUACGGACAUGGCCCCCAUGCACGUGCCGAUGAUAAAGAAAAUGUGGAAAAAUGGUACCCAUCCAACACUCACACCGGGAGCCAGGUACGUCUUAGGCUACAACGAACCCAACAAAGCAGACCAGGCGGACAUGACCCCGAAACAGGCGGCGGACUUCUGGCCGGAGGUAGAACGGCUUGCGGCGGGGCUCCCCCUUAUUUCACCAGUAACGGCCGGACAGAACUUCCCUUGGCUGGACGAGUUCUUUCGCCUUUGCCACAACUGUCGCGUGGAUUACAUUGGCGCCCAUUUAUAUAGGUGCAACGCGGACGAGAUAAUGACGUUCGUUCAGAAGCUGCACCAGCGUUACCACAAGAAGGUGUGGCUCACGGAGUUUGCAUGUCCCCACACAGAGGACGAGAACGUUCAGCUUCACCUUAUGCAGACAUUGUUGCCAAGACUAGAGGCUGCAAAUUACAUAUACAGGUACGCUUGGUUCUCGGCUCGACCUCAUGGGACCGGGAUGGUCAAAACCUCGGCAAGCCUGCUCGACAGAAACUCCUCAACCUUGACAAAAAUAGGGCGCUUCUACAAUGACUUUCAGCCAAGCGGAGCCACACAUAUUAUUGGCUAAUAAAAGUCGUUUAUUAUAAAAGAUGAAAUUAAACAUGAAUAAAUAUGUAUACGUCUAC